CCAAUGGACUCCCUCGCAGUAUCCAAUGGCAACUUUACUUUAGACCUUUACAAAACGUUUGCUCAGUCAUCUCCUAGCAAAAACAUAUUCUUUUCUUCCUGGAGUGUCUCAUCUGCUCUGGCCAUGGUCUAUCUAGGAGCAAGAAAGAAGACUGCCACCCAGAUGGCUACGGUGCUUCACUUCAACAGAGGCACAGAAACGUCCCCCCAGAAACCGGAUUCUAAAGAUGAAGAGAUCCAUCAGGGAUUUCAAGAGCAGAUUUCUGAAAUCAACCAACCCAAGAGCACCUAUGUGCUUAAAACUGCCAACAGACUAUAUGGAGAAAAGACUUACCCUUUCCUUUCUGAAUACAUGGAGCUUACUAAGAAAUAUUAUGAUGCAGAGGCUCAAGAGGUUAAUUUCUUAAGUGCAGCAGACCAAACCAGAAGUGAGAUCAACCUAUGGGUUGAAAGUCAGACUGAUCGCAAAAUCAAGGAUCUGCUGCCGAAAGGUGCUAUUGAUUCUCAGACCGCACUGGUUUUAGUAAAUGCCAUUUACUUCAAAGGAAAGUGGCAAAACAGAUUUAAGGUAGAAGAUACUACUAAAGCAGAUUUCAGACUGAAUAAGACUACAUCAGCAUCUGUGCAAAUGAUGUUUCUGAGAGAAACCCUUCCAAUAUUCCACAUCAGCAUCUUGAAGGCCAAUAUCCUUGAGCUGCCAUAUGUUAGUAAUGCCCUCAGCAUGCUCAUCCUACUUCCUGAUGACAUCCAAGAUGAGUCUACAGGUCUGGAAAUGCUGGAAAAGGAAUUAACGUAUGAGAGAUUAUCAAUAUGGACCAGUCCAGAAAUGAUGGAGAAAACAAAAGUGGAGGUACACUUGCCUAGGUUCAAGCUGGACGAGACUUAUGACCUCAAGACUACUUUGAGCAACCUGGGAAUGACAGACGCUUUCACACGAAAUCAAGCAAACUUUACAGGAAUGUCUGAGAAUAACGACUUGUUUCUGUCAGAGGUGUAUCACAAGGCUUUUGUGGAGGUCAACGAAGAAGGUACGGUGGCAGCCGCCGCCACUGCGGCCGUGGUUACGACAAGAUCCUCUGAGCAGCCUGUGGUAUUUAAAGUGGACCACCCCUUCCUCUUCCUCAUCAGGCACAACAAAACCAAAAGCAUCCUCUUCUUUGGCCGAUUCUGCGCCCCUUAGAG